AUGGCUACACAGUCGUCGGCCGUCUUCUCCACAUCAAAUCCUCAAUUUCAGAGGGAGAGGUUAUCCUAUUUAGAAGGCCCAACAGAUCCCCCGCUAGUAGACCUGACGCUGGGCGAGCUGCUAGACCUACAAUGCCAACAACACGGCAAUCAGGAGUGCAUAGUCACGCCGUGGACGGGUGCGCGGUGGACGUACAAUGAACUCAACUACCAGAGCUCCCAAUUGGCCAAGGGGCUGCUGUCACUGGGGAUCGGUGUGGGUGACCGAGUUGGUAUCAUGGCGGGCAACUGUGAACAGUACGCUUCGGUUUUCUUUGCGGUCUCGCGAAUUGGUGGUAUAGUGGUCAUACUGAACAACACCUACACGCCACCAGAAGCAGUACAUGCACUGAAGUUCACUGACUGCAAGGUAUUCUUCACCACCAAGAAGAUCGGUCGGAUGGAGAACACCAACCUGCUCGCCGAGCUCGCCAAGGGCGGGCAAAAUCCCGCGGUCGUCAUACUACGAGGCGACUCGAGCUCCUACCCGACGUACGCGGACCUCCUCAAGCAAGGGCGCAGCAUCGACAACAACCAGCUGCACCGGCUCGGCAAGCGCGUGCUCGCGCACAACGUGUGCAACCUGCAGUUCACGAGCGGGACGACGGGGAUGCCGAAGGCGGCGAUGCUGACGCACCACAGCGUGCUCAACAACGCGCGCUUCAUCGGCGACCGCAUGCGCCUCACCCCGGACGACAUCCUCUGCUGCCCGCCCCCCAUGUUCCACUGCUUCGGCCUCGUGCUGGGGAUGAUGGCCGUCAUCACGCACGGCGCCAAGAUCGUCUACCCCGAAGAGACCUUCGACGCGCCCGCCAUCCUGCGCGCCAUCUCCGACGAGCGCUGCACCGCCGUCCACGGCGUCCCCGCCAUGUUCGACACCCUCUUCAGCCUCGCGCCGCCGCCCGGCUUCAGCUGCGAGAACCUGCGCACGGGCAUUAUCGCCGGGGCCCCGGUGCCGAGGUACCUGAUGGAGCUGCUGGUGCAGCGCUUCGGGAUGACCGAGUUCACGAGCAGCUACGGGCUGACGGAGGCGAGCCCGACGUGCUUCAACGCCUUCACCGACGACGAGAUGGAGGCGCGCCUCACGACCGUGGGCACCCUGAUGCCGCACGCGCGCGCCAAGAUCGUCGACCACGAGGGCAACAUCGUCCCCAUCGGCAGCAAGGGCGAGCUGUGCAUCGCCGGGUACCAGCUGCAGGCGGGGUACUGGAACAACUCGGAGAAGACCGCCGAGGUGAUGGUGCGCGACCCCGUCGAUGGCGUGGUGUGGCUGCACACCGGCGACGAGGCCGUGUUCGACGAGAGGGGCUACUGCUCCAUCACGGGGCGCUUCAAGGAUAUCAUAAUCAGGGGGGGCGAGAACAUCUACCCGCUCGAGAUCGAGGAGAGGCUGCGCGAGAACAAGAAGAUUGCGACGGCGAUUGUCACGGGGUUGAAAGAUGCGCAUUACGGGGAGGUGGUGGGGGCGUUUUUGGAGUUGGCGCCCGCGGAGGGGGGGAGGUUGAGCGAUCAGCAGGUCCGCGAGUGGGUGCAGCAGAAGCUGGGGCGGCACAAGGCGCCGACGCAUAUCUUUUGGCUGGGUGAGGAUGGAGUCCCGGCGACGGUGCCGCUGACGGGGAGUGGCAAGGUUAAGAAGUAUGAGAUGGCGCGCUUUGGGGAGGAGAUCUUGAGGAAGAGGAGGUUGGAGAAGCUGUGA